CCAGCUGAACCCUGCUACCUGAUCCUGCCAUGCUGAGUGUAGUGCUAUGCCCCAGGUCGUUGGCCAAUUCGGCCCAUUAUUGGCCUCUCCACAUGCUCCUGCUGGAGCUGCUGAUAUCAGGGGUCCUGCCCAACAUCUCCAGAUUACCACCUGCGGCCAAACGUGAGAUCAUCAUGGACGGGGACUUGGUGAUUGGAGGCCUGUUCCCAGUGCACCAAAAAGGUGAUGGGAUGGAGGACUGUGGUAAGAUCAACGAGGCGAGGGGGAUCCAGAGACUGGAAGCCAUGCUGCUGGCACUUGAUGAGAUUAACUCUAGCGAGCACAUCCUUCCUGGACUCCAGCUGGGGGCCCACAUCCUGGACAGCUGCUCGAAGGACACUUAUGCUCUGGAGCAGUCUCUAGAUUUUGUCAGGGCCUCCCUCACCAAGGUGCAUGAUCCAGGCUUUAUCUGCCCAGAUGGCUCCAGACCUGUCCAAAACGAGGUUCCGCUUGCCAUCUCUGGGGUCAUCGGAGGCUCCUAUAGUGACGUUUCAAUUCAGGUGGCCAACCUCCUGCGAUUGUUCCAGAUCCCUCAGAUCAGCUAUGCCUCCACCAGUUCAAAGCUCAGUGAUAAAACCCGCUAUGACUACUUCGCCCGCACUGUCCCCCCUGACUUCUACCAAGCCAAGGCCAUUGCCGAGAUCCUGCGUUUCUUUAACUGGACCUACGUGUCAACAGUAGCGUCAGAGGGCGACUAUGGUGAGACUGGCAUUGAUGCCUUCCAGCAGGAGGCCCGCACUCACCAAAUCUGCAUUGCCACUUCAGCCAAGGUGAGUCGCUCCAUGAACCGCCAGGGCUACGAUAAUGUAAUCCGCGCUCUGCAGCAGAAGUCCAACGCCAAGGUAGUCAUCGUGUUUGCCCGCAGUGAAGACGCCCGUGAGCUGCUGGUGGCUGCUGCUCGCAUGAACGCCACCUUCACCUGGGUGGCCAGCGAUGGAUGGGGAGCGCAGGAGAGUGUGGUGAGGGGAAGCGAGACGGCAGCAGACAGGGCUUUCACCAUCGAGCUGGCCUCCUAUCCAAUUAGAGAGUUUGAAGACUACUUCACCAAGCUCAACCCAUACACCAACACAAGGAACCCGUGGUUUAAAGAGUUCUGGGAGCACCGCUUUGGCUGUAGCCUCCAGGAACCUGGCUGCAGUGAACACAGCCUACGAGAUGGAACCUUUGAGCAAGAGUCCAAGAUCAUGUUUGUGGUAAAUGCAGUCUAUGCCAUGGCCUAUGCUCUGCACAACAUGAGGCAAGCUGUAUGCUCUAACACUUCCAAGGUCUGUGAUGCCAUGAAACCAGGUAACGGCAAAAGGUUCUAUAAGGAGUUCAUCUUGAAGACCAAGUUUGAAGCUCCGUUUAGACCUGUGGAUACACAGAACAUGGUGCGCUUUGACUCUUUUGGCGACAGCAUCAGCCGCUACAACAUCUUUCAUUACCACCAAGAAGAGGGGAAGUUUGUCUACAGGAAGGUGGGCUACUGGGACCAGAACCUGACCCUGAACACAACCCUGGUACCCUGGCCUGACCUUGUACCACCCACCUCCCAGUGCAGUGACCCCUGCAGGAAGAACGAGGUGAAGAGCAUGCAGCCUGGGGAUGUGUGCUGCUGGAUCUGUAUCCCCUGUCAGCCCUACCAGUACCUGCAGGAUGAGUUCACCUGUGCUGACUGCAGCUUCGGUCAGUGGCCCCUGGCUAACUUGACUGGAUGCUAUGAUCUGCCUGAAGAAUACAUCCGGUGGGAGGAUGUGUGGGCCAUUGGGCCCGUCACCAUCUCCUGCCUUGGUAUACUGUGUACUCUGUCGGUAGUGGGCCUGUUCCUCAAGCACAAUGAGACGCCUGUGGUUAAAGCAAGUGGACGUGAACUCUCUUACAUCCUCUUGUUGGGAGUGCUGAUGUGCUACCUCAUGACCUUCAUCUACAUCACCAAACCUUCCACUACUGUUUGCACCCUACGCCGACUAGGCCUGGGCACCUCAUUCGCAGUAUGUUACUCAGCUCUUCUAACCAAGACCAACCGCAUUGCUCGCAUCUUCAGCGGGGUGAAGGAUGGAGCCCAGAGACCGCGCUUCAUCAGCCCCGCCUCCCAGGUAGCGAUCUGCGGCGUUCUUAUCUCCUGCCAGCUGCUGGUGGCUGUUAUCUGGCUGCUGGUAGAAGUGCCAGGGGUUCAGAAGGAGGUGAGCCCAGAGAGGAGAGACGUGGUCACCCUAAAGUGUAGCAGCAGGGACUCCAGCAUGCUCUUGUCACUCACCUACAACUGCAUCCUUAUCCUCCUCUGCACCGUCUACGCCUUCAAGACGCGAAAGUGCCCUGAAAACUUCAAUGAGGCCAAGUUCAUUGGGUUCACCAUGUACACCACCUGCAUCAUCUGGCUUGCUUUCCAACCCAUCUUCUAUGUAACUGCCAGCGACUACAGGGUGCAGACCACCACCAUGUGUAUCUCCGUCAGCCUGAGCGGUUCAGUGGUUCUCGGCUGCCUCUUUGCCCCCAAAGUUCACAUCAUCCUGUUUCAGCCCCAGAAAAAUGUGGCCUCACUGAGAGUCACAGUCAACCGCUUCAGUGCCACAGUGUCUGCCUCUGCCACUGGCUCUGCCUCCGCCUCCGCUCCCGGCUCCAACUACUCUAAAGGAUCAGCCUCUAACUACGUGCCAGCAGUUUGUAAUGGCCGCGAGGUGGUAGACUCUACAACGUCCUCUUUGUGAAAAAAUGUUCCUCUCUAAGCACACCAUGAGACCGUGCCAUCACCCGUCCAUCAAACAGGGCUGUGGAUGAACGAGCCCCCAUGCCAUCCAACAUGCUGCAGAGAGAUAACUCUGUCUCGGUAGGCUGACUGACAGUGGCAAGGGUAACUCUUUAACUGUGAAAGCUAAAUUAUGUUAUUACAGCGAGCAGUAUGUAUCAAUUGUAAAGCCUUUUUUUGUAUAGAUUUAAUAUGCUGUGAUCUCCUUGGUUUACAGAUAGAUGUGAUAAAAUGCAUCGUGCCUUGUCCUAAAGAGUCUUGUUGUCAAAUGGGUGGUUGUGAAACAAUAGUGUUAUACGAAACAAAAGGCUGUUCUUAUCUUGUACUUAACAGUUCUGUGAAUAAUAAACACAAUAAAAAUACUAUGAAAUAAAUGUAGCCAUUCUGUUCGACAAAAUAUGUGACUAACCUUAGUGAACAUGAUGAAAAGUAGGCAACUAGACAAUAUAAAGGACGUGUUAAUGUAGACUGGUAUAACAGU